GGUACGUGGUGGUACAACACUGUUAAAUUCAGCAGUAACAAAGUCCUGCUGGAUACGGUUCGCUACUUCCACUGUGCAUUCAUGCGCUCCCCGCGGAUGUCAAUGGUUCAAGUCAUUGAGGUGCUGUCGAAUGCCUAUGAAUUCAAUCCGAACUUCAACAAAGAGGUGGUCAGUCGGCCCAGCGACAAUGUCGAACUGCCUCCG